AGUGUACCCUGGGCCCAACAGAUGGCGGCCACUGACACCAACACACUGAGUCUCAACUGUCAUAAACCUCUGUGUUAAACUAUAUUAACCUCAUCAGUUUAUUACACAUGAAAAUGAAGAAUGGGCCAUAAAUCAGAAAGUAUCAAUAUGUAUGUUAUUAUAUACAAAUCUAAACAUUCAUUAGUUGUUUAGCAGGACGGAGUUACAAGUGAAAGAAGGAGUUAAUGCACAGAACCGAACAGACUACCAUAGAAAGCUGUUAGAGGAGUGGAACUGUCAAGUGUUAAGGUCACAGAUCACCUUCAUCAUGACGUGAGCAACAUGUCAUGAACUAACUGAAUUUGCUCAAGAAAAGAAAAUCUAUAGCCAAAGAAGAGGAAACAGAUUUAAUUAUAGUUCACAUCAGUUCAAGUAUGUCUACCAACACUACUAUUGAUACUAGUGGCUGUGGGAAAGAUGCAUUGACAAAUAGUUAUGGCUGGUUUGUGCAAGCACUGCUAGCUUCUUUAGCAUUUGGUCUUCUGGUUUUGAAACGAUUCUGUGAGCCGAAGAAGCAUCGAAGGUCGUGGCUGGUGUGGUUCUAUGACACUUCCAAGCAAGGUUUAGGAGCCAUGAUUGUUCAUUUUUGCAACGUCUUUCUCUCAGAAGCAUUCAGAGGGGAUCCAUGUACUUGGUACAUCAUUAGCUUUUUACUUGACUCAACGCUUGGCUUGGUUGUCAUCUGGGCUGGGAUUAGACUCAGUAUAUAUGUUGGCCAGAAGCAGGGUAUCCCCACCAUUAUCUUUGGGGAGUAUGGUCGGCCUCCAUCUGUGCGAGCAUGGGGUCAUCAGUGUGCCCUAUAUGUGGGCAUCAUGGUGGUGGAGAAGGUCCUUAUCACAGGGCUUUUAGCUUUCCAGUUUUGGUCCAGCAUAAGGGACCUCAUCUUGGCUCCUAUUACUGACCAACAAGUUCGAGUAGUCAUCGUUGUUCUAGUCAUUCCUUUCUUUAUUAAUGCUCUCAUCUUCUGGGUGACCGACAACUUCUUGAUGUUGAAGGUAAGACAAGCAGUCAGAGAUGAAGAGAAUGCCUUAUCAGAUGGGUCGUCUGGCUCAAGAGGAUAUUCCAAGGUUCGAUACAAGCCCCAUGACGUGCAUCACGAAGAUGAGUUCGACAUCCUCCUGUCAUCAUCCUCCAAUGAUGAUGAACUACUGGGCAAACAUGAGAAUCUCCAGGAAAGACAUGUUGGACGGACUGUUACAUAACAUAGUAACAAUAUUGUAGAAAAUAUCACUGGAAGCACAUUAUUAGAUCACAUGAAAUAUGCAAGGGAUUUAUGGGGUCCAGCAUUCAGAAACUUCUAAAGGUACAGUAGUUAUUAUUAAAAGUACUUUUGAAGGUUUACUAAUAAACCUUCAUAUCUGUCAUAUUUAUUGUGCAGCUGAUGUACAUUUGCCACUAUUACUUGUCAUGUGUCUUAAUUAUAAUCCCUUUGGAACACUUUUAUUGUUCCAUUUUAAUAUAUGCAUUACACAAGUUUUCCUGCAGUGGUAGGGGACACCACACUUUGUGGGGACAAUGCUCAUUGACAGUCCAAGGAUGCAUUUUAAAUCAUGUGUCAGGCAGUAUCAAUAGCAUCACACAUUUUAGUGUGUCAAGUGUUGUUCACUUGUCAUUUUGACUGCCAAAGCCCCUUGUGUCCAGAAGACAACACCUCAGUUAGUGGGUGAUAGCAUAAGUUAGGUCUAUUUAUGUUGUAAAUCUAUCAUUGCAUAGCACUUUCAGUUUCAUUAUUAGAGUUAAAAAAUUUUCUCACAAAAUUCUCUUAUCUCCUCAACUGACUCCUGUAUUACACACUAAAACCCAUGCUAUUACCCCAUUUUUGGGUGUGGUAUGCAUGUACGUACAGUAGAAUCCCAGUUAUCCAGUAUCCAGGCAAGCUGUAGAUUCAACUAACCAUCACUAAAAUGAACAAUAGAAAUAAAAAAUCCUCCAAAAUCAGCUUGUAAAGUAAGUUUGAAUACCGCUUGCAAUGAGGAGAGCUGCCAUAUUGAUUGCUAUGAUAAACAAUAAAUUAAAUACAUAGCAUAAAUAACGUACAGUAGCACAUAUUUUAUGUACAAAAAUAGCUCCUUCCACACUCGAACCAUCCUCUGGACAACGCGACCCACUUCAGCUCAGCUGACUUACAGGCGUGUGGCUGCUGCUCUGUGCUAUGUGUAUGCCAUGACAUCACAUCGGGAGGGAGCGUGGCCUCACAUUUAUAACCCUCCACCUCAACACACAUCCUCACCCACACUUAAUUUUUCUUGUUUUAUAGUUGUAUUUUAUAUUUUCUUUAUUUCUAAGCCACAUUAAAAUAUUGUAAUAAAUUUUCCACAACUUUUGUAGUUUCCUUGCAAUUAACAAUAAAACGGUAGCUGUGAUGGUGAGUCAGUAAAGUAGUCAUACCACAUGUACACACUCAGUUCCCACAAAUACACACCUAUGCUCUUCAUUUUUUCUUAUUUAAUAGUUUUAUAUUAGAUUUUCGUUAUUUAUAAGCCUCACCAUUUCCUCUAAUAUGUCAUGGAAGCCACACAUACACAACAUUGCUGAAGCUGCCUCCCAAAAGCUGGGAAUGCUGUAAAGAUGCCGUAGCUACUUCACUCCU